AUGAAAGAUCUUUUACCAGUAAUAACACCAUUACCAAUUAUGAAAAUAUUAAGUAUAUUUAUUAUUAUGUUGUGUGAUGCAAUAAACUCAUUGUCGAUUUUCCCAUAUGUAAACUUUUUGGUCGAAAGCUUUCAUUUAACUGAUGAUAGAAAUAAGUUGGGUUAUUUUGUAGGGAUUUUAGCAUCAUCAUAUUAUAUUGCACAAUUGGUCAGUAGUUUUUUUUGGGGAUGGUUCUCGAAUUAUAAAGGUAGAAGACCAUCCUUACUCAUGGGUUUAAUUGGUUCAAUGAUAUGUUUAACUGGUGUUGGUCUUUCUAAAAAUUAUCCAAUGGUAAUGACAUUUAGAUUUUUAUCUGGUUUAUUAAAUGGUAAUGUUUCAGUCGCCAAAACAAUGUUGGGUGAAAUUACAGAUUCAACAAAUCAAGCAAAGGCAUUUAGUUUUAUUGGGCUUUCAUGGGGUGUUGGUGGUAUUGUUGCUCCAUUAAUUGGUGGUUAUACAUCAAAUAUUUGUGUAAAACAUCCAAACGCAUUUUCACCAGAUUCAUUUGUUUGCAGAUUCCCAUAUUUAUUUCCAAAUAUAAUUUGUGUAUUAUUUUCCCUUUUAGGGUUAUGUUUAGGAUACUUUUAUUUACAAGAGUCUAAGACAUUCUCUUAUACAAAAAUCCCAUCAAAAACAAGCUCGAGAUCAAUUUCAAGAAAGAAAAUUAAAUCCUCAUUUAAAAAGAUUAUCAAUAAAUCAAAUAAUUUAAUUUCGAAUUUAAAGCAAGGCAGUGUUAUGUAUUCAUGUAUUAUUUAUGCUUUACUUGGGUUUUUAUUUACAAUCUUUGAAGAGGUCUUUCCAAAUUGGAAUACAGGUAUAAUAACAGGUGGUGGUUUUGGUUUCUCAUCUAGUAAUAUUGGUACAGUUCAAAGUUCAGCAGGUAUUUUUGCGUUAGUUAUUCAAACUUUUGUUUUCCCAAAAAUGGUUUCAUAUCUUGGUUUAUUAAAGUCAUUCAGAGUCUCGUUGUUUAUUGCUAUACCAACAUGGAUUCUAUUACCCGAGUUAUCAAGAUUCACAGUCGUCACAAAUAUUAACGAUCACGCACCCCACCCAACCAUGUUUUGGGCUCUAUUAUUCCCAAUUUAUUUAUUCCAGUCAUUUGCAAGUGAAAUUACAUUCAUUUCUAUUAUUGUAAUGAUUUCAAAUAGUGCUGCUCCAAGAGAUAUGGCCUUGGUUAAUUCCAUUGGAAUGUUUUUGGUAUCGAUUUCACGUUCUUUUGGACCAACCAUUGCAGGUUCAUUAUUGGCUUUUUCAAUGUCACAUACAUAUCCAUAUCCUGUAGAUCAUCAUUUGGUAUUCAAUUUAGAGAUUGUUUUAACAAUUGGUUUAUUCUUUGCUUCAUUUUUAUUACCACAAAGUUUAAAUCAUACUAAAGAAAGAGCAAUCCUUUUAGAAAAAAUUAAAAGUGGUGAAGUUAGCGAAGAUGCAUUAUCUAAUUUAAAAGAACCAGAGAUUAGACACUAA